GACGCCGUUUGGCCAGUGCUGCGAAACAAGGGCGGUGCUUGAUGAGUGGCAAUCACCUCACCCUAUCCCACUGCCUUGUGGCAGGCGGCCGUUAAUGUGAGCGACGUAAGGACCAGCCAACAGACGUUGUAGUUUCAGCCAUUGAGGCGGGACAAAGCUCAACUGACUCCCCCGCUGGCCAAUGAGGCGACGCACCUCUCGCUAUAAGGUGAGAGUUGGAGGAGGCGGGGACUCAGAAGCCCUAGUAGCGUGGUUGAGCCGUACAGCGGCGUCCUUGAAAUCUAGCAAGAAGCACGAGUUCUCUGUCGACAUGACCUGCGAAGGGUGCUCCAACGCGGUCACACGCGUUCUCAACAAGCUGGGAGGUGUCCAGUUUGAGAUCGACCUGCCCAACAAGAAGGUGUGCAUCGACUCGGAGCACAGCGUCGACACCUUGCUGGCCACGCUGAAGAAAACUGGGAAGAGCGCCUCCUACCUGGGGGAGAAAUAACCCCCGAGCCGAUGGGUCGGAGGGUCAGGCUUUCUCCACGCCCCAAAGGAGGAGCGCUAACAUGAUGGCUUCAGUGAGAAGAUGGCCUGUGUACAGAUCUGUUGACACCCUCUGUCAUUUGACCCUGAUUACCCUGCCAGAUGUUGGAAAGAAGAAGGCUGGGAGGAGGAAGGACCCUCAGAGUAAAGGACCAUGAUCUACUUGAACGAUAGUUUGUAAAACUCCCCUCUUGAAAUGGAGAGUUCAGGUGUGCUCUCCCUCUCUGGCCUUGCAGUAAACAAAGGAGCCGCUUCUCUUUUCAAAUACA